CAGAUCUGGAACCUCGGAUCCCUCGGCAGCCUUUGCAAGCCAGGAUUUCCUCUGGGUGGGAAGGAAGGAAGGAAGGAAGGAAGCGGAAGGACCAGCAGGGAUCCGUCCUGCAGCCCCAGAAAUGGUCCCAUGAAGGAAGAGUUUCCAGAGACGCCACAGAGUCCCUGGAGCCCUUUCAAGCUGCUCUGCCGGAGAGAGGAAGGAUGGAGACACCCUCUUUGGCCAAGGAGGGGAGCGGAAAAGGCCUCACAACUCUUCAGCCUGGGAGCUGUGGGGAGAGCUGGACCAGAACCGGGCAGAAGGUCCUGCAGGAGAGGACCCUCCUCCCUUCAGAAGUUCCACACUGGACCUCCAUCCAAUACCAGGAGGCUGAGGGUCCCCGAGAACUUUGCAGCCGACUCCAUGACUUGUGCAGGCGAUGGCUGAGACCAGGAAAGCACAGCAAAGCCCAGAUGCUGGACCUGGUGGUUCUGGAGCGGCUUCUGACUCUCCUGCCCCCAGAGAUGGAGGGCUGGGUGCGGGAGUGUGGAGCAGAGAGCAGCUCCCAGGCGGUGGCCCUGGCGGAAGGCUUCCUCCUGAGCCAGGCGGAGGAGCAGAAGAAGCAUCUCCAGUGGCAGUUCUGCAGUGUGGAGAUCAGAGACCCUGAGGGAAAGAAGAACCCAUCAAAUCCCCCUCAGGAGCUAUUUUUCGGGAGGAUUCCUUGGGAAGAUCCAAGUCAGGACACCUCAGGAGAGAAACAACAAAUGAAGCUUUCUGGUUUUUAUGACGGAGAUCAAACAGUGGUUGAACCUCCAAAUCAAGAGGGUCUGGUGUCCUUCGAGGAGGUGGCUGUGUAUUUCUCUGAGGAGGAAUGGUCUCAGCUGGAUCCUGACCAGAAAGCGCUGCAUUUGGAAGUCAUGCUUGAAAACCAUAGGAGCGUGGUCUCUCUGGGUAAUAAUGGGCAGGGGAAUCAAGAUUCCUGUGAACUGUUCCAAGUGAUCAGUGCUAAAGAUGGAACAGAGAAGUUUGGAAUUCAAAUGGAAUUAGAAAGUCAUGAGACAAACCAGUCAAAGAAUUGGACUCAGGAAAGCUUAUCUGCCAGUGAUGCUCCAAUGCAAGACUUUCUUGCCCAAGAAGAGAAAAUAAGGAAAAAAUAUACUGGGAAAAGUGUGAAGCUAAUCAAAGCUAAAGUACAAGUAAAUGAACACUAUUUAACCCAAAACAAAGGAGAAGGUUCUAUAAGAAGACACAACGGACAAAAUUACAAUGGGACAUUCAUUCUUUCUCUUGGGAAUAAUUUCCUUACAUCUCAAAAAGUGAUUGACACAAAAGAGAAGCCUUAUAAAUGGGAGAAGCCGUAUAAAUGCAUGGAGUGUGGAAAGACGUUUACUGUGAGCAGUGGACUUAGAAGCCACAAAAAGAUCCAUACAGGAGAGAAUCCAUUUAAAUGCAUGGAGUGUGGAAAGACCUUUGCUCAUAGCAGUACAUUUACUAUCCAUAAAAGGAUCCACUCAGGAGAGAAGCCUUUUAAAUGCAUGGUAUGUGGAAAGAGCUUUGCUCAAAGAGGUAAUCUUAUUUCCCAUAAGAUGAUCCACACUGGGGACAAGCCGUAUAAGUGCAUGGAGUGUGGAAAGAGCUUUGCUCAAAGAGGUCAUCUUAUUUCCCAUAAGAUGAUCCACACGGUGGCAAAGCCGUAUAAAUGCAUGGAAUGUGGAAAGACCUUUGCUUGGAGCAGGAGCCUUAAAAGCCACAAAACGCUCCAUACAGGGGAGAAACCAUUUAAAUGCCUGGAGUGUGGAAAGACCUUUGCUCAUAGAAGUACACUUACUAUCCAUAAAAGGAUCCACUCGGGAGAGAAGCCUUUUAAAUGCAUAGAGUGUGGAAAGAACUUUGCUAAGGACAGUGAUCUUAAAAGGCACAAAAAGAUCCACACAGGAGAGAAACCAUUUAAAUGCAUGGAGUGUGGAAAGACCUUUACUCGGAGCAGUAAUCUUAUUUCCCAUAAGAGGAUCCACACAGGGGAGAAGCCGUAUAAAUGCAUGGAGUGUGAAAAGACCUUUGCUCAUAGCAGUACACUUACUAUCCAUAAAAGGAUCCACUCAGGGGAGAAGCCUUUUAAAUGCAUGGAGUGUGGAAAGAACUUCCCUCAAAGAGGUCAUCUUAUUUCCCAUAAGAGGAUCCACACAGGGGAAAAGCCGUAUAGAUGCAUAGAGUGUGGAAAGACAUUUACUCAUGGCACUCCCCGUGGCCCUCUCGUCCUCUGCAUGGCGGGGGCGAUGGCUGAAGCCUCAGGACGGGAGCGAAGCCUCCGUGGCGGGACCUGA